AUAUAUAUAUCAAACAUGUCAUUGAACGAAGAAAGUUCAUUACAUGAUGUUGUUGAACAUCAACAAGAACAACAACAACAACAACAACAGCAAGAGCGUAUAGACAAUAUAGGAUUGAACAAUGAGCAGCAGCAGCCAGUAGCAAUAGCAGCAGCAUCAAUUAUAGAAAAAGUCAAUGAUAAUGUUCCAAUUGUAAAGGAUGAUAAUGAACCAGUGAGCUCUCAAUCGCAAGGUCCAGCUCCUGUUGUUGAGCCUACAUCAUUGGUACCAUUGCAAACAGAUACAUUGGACUCAACUGCUCCACCUACAACAUCAACAACAUCUACAACUGCUACAACUGCUACAACUGAGAAGAAACAGACAAAGACAGCAGCAUCAACAACAACAACACAGACAGUGGUGACACCAGUAAAGAGGACAAGUGAUCUUAGUCGACCUACUGCUGCAUCAUCAGCAAAGACACCUUCAACCUCGACAUCUACAACGACCUCAUCACUGACACCUAGACGAUCAUCAACUGCCAGUGCCGCCACGACAAAGUCGGCCACUAUGUCAUCGACAAUGUCAUCUCGUACCACAUCCACGACCACACCAUCUUCGGCACAGAAGCGAUGGUCCGUCACUGGAGCCAAUCCAAGUAGUUUGACGCCACUCAGGAGCGUGACCUCGUCAACAUCAUCGAGCUCAUCCUCAACCACAUCAACAUCAACGCCGUCCAGGACAAGGACUUCGACUACAACGACAUCUACGCUCACAUCCACAUCGACUCCAACCAAAUCAACGACAACGAUCUCACCAUCACGAUCAACAACACCUCAGCGUGGAUCCACAUUGCCAAAGUCAUUCUCGCCAACAACAACAACGACCAGCAGCAGCAGCAGCAGUAGUAGUAGUACGACGCCAAGCACAUUGAGGACACCUCCAACAUCGACUGCACGAUCACUCUCAAGCUCAUCGCUUCCAAGACCUUCAUCGACUUCAACAUCAUCCACACCACAGUCACCUGCGAAUGGCUCAUCGAUGACCUCCUCAAGGAGUCCGUAUCUUCCCCGAUCAACAGUGUCCCCUAGGUCCUCCACUGGAUCACCUACCUCAACGACGACGACGAGCACAUCAGGCACACCUUCGUCGUCGACCUCUACACCAGGAACGAAAGUUGGCAGGUCACCUGCACUGACAUCAUCGCCACCAUCAUCUCCGCUGCCAAAUAUUGGUCGAUCGCUAAACUCGGCCUCUGUCACCAACGGAACAUCAGCAUCGUCAUCAUCGUCAUCGUCUUCCUCGAGCACUCCAAUCAAACGUCUUAGCACGAUCAAUACCACUUCAACUUCAACAUCGUCGCCUUCAUCAUCGCCGAUUGUUAUCAGAAGGAAGUCAUCACCAUCAACUCUUACCAGCACUCCAACCACCUCGACUACCUCAACAACAUCGACCCCCUCCACCCCUUCCAAGGAGCCAGCAAAGAGGAGCAGCCUCUCCACGACAUCCACAACCUCGACCACACCGUCCAAACCAAGGACAACUAUGAGUGGCACCAGUAGCAGUAGCAGUAGAUCAUCAAGCACAUUGUCAUCAACACCUGUCAAGUCGACAACAUCUGGCUCAUCAAGCAGCAGCAGUAGCAGCACAAUAAGAAAGCCACCAUUGCCAUUGUCAAAGAAGUCAUCAUCGUCGACAUCACUGCCAACCUCAACUAGGACCACCACCAAGUUGUCACCAUCAAUACAAUCACCAACUACAAUCUCGCCAAGGUCAAAGAAUGAAGAAACAGAGAGCAGUGGCAAUGGAGCAACAAAGACGACACCAGUCAAGACCUUUGUUCCUCCAGUCUUGGUCUCAUCGCACUCAUCUCCAUCACUCCAAAUACCAUCAAAGGACAAGACAGAGACCAACAACUCCUCCUCCAUUGCCAUCCCUUUGCCAACACUGACGCCGCUCUCAGUGUCCAGUGAUGGUGUACAAUCACAGAACUCACCAAAGUCUGUCUCAGCCCCAUCCACAGUGCCCGCGCCAUCACCCGUCAUGUCCAAGAGCCCCCUGGCACAGAUCCAGCGCGACAUUGUCGAGGACACCAGACGCAUCUGGGCCAAGCCGUUCUCACAGACACCCGUGGGAGUUGAUCUGCCGCGACUGGCCUCCUGUAUUUCUAUUUAUGAAUCGAGCACCAACCCUGGCGUCGACCUGGCCAACAAGGGCAAUGCAAAGAAGACAGUGUACGACGUGCUGCAGGGCAUGCGUGAGCUGAUGGAGCCAGGCUUCGUCGCAGACGACGCUUUCAAACAGACCUACGAAGCCAUACCAAGGAAUGAGGACGGCACAUUCAACCCCAACGACCUGGCGGUCUACCUGGCGACAGAAUACAACGAGUCGAUAAUGAACCUGCUCAAGGUGUGCAGCCAGGCCAUCAUCGCGCCGUCAGUGCUCGAGCUCCGUCUGGGCAUAUGUCCGCGCACGCUCAUGUUCAAGGACGCUGGCGGCUGGAACAUCAAGUUGGCGCGCGACGACACUACAGGCGGCAUCGUCGUGUCGCACUGCAAGAAGCAACAACAUAUGGACCUUCGCAAGGCGGAGGAGUACUUUGAGUUUGUCUGGGAGUUGGAGAUCGUGUUCAACAAGGAGGUCACCCAGAUGAAGCAUGUAUCAUUAUCGAUCUUGGAGCUGAACUAUGGCGAGAAGACACGUCAGGACAAGAAGGACGAGUAUCUUGCCAUCUUUGCCAAUCAUCUAAAGAAGUCCAAACAACAACAACAACCGGAGCAAGAAUCAACUUCCUCUUCUUCUUCAUCACCUCCAACAGCAGCAACAACAACAGAUACUACCUCUUCUUCCAUCACCACCCCAUCACCAACUCCAUUUCCAGUGCCAUCAGUUACAUCAAUAGAGCAACAACAGCCA